GGACUGCGUGACGUCACACCUCCCCCGCCUCCCGGAGCCAAUGGUGCGUGCGUGCUCUGGAGUCACGUGGGCUGAGCCAGCCAGUCGGCGUCUGCGCGCGGCGCGGCGUUGCGUCAUUGUGCUGGCGGAGCGGCGCGGAGCGGGGCGGUUACGCAGGACAACUGUUAAACUAACUAAGCAACCAUGUUGGCUGCAAGGCUGGUGUGCCUGAGGACGUUACCAUGCCAGGCGUUGCGCCCCACCAUUACUCAGGCUUCCCCAGCAUUGAGGAAUUCCGGUAUAAAAGCGUACCAGCUGUGGCAGCCUAACCAGUGUUAUGCCACUAGAGUAAGAACCGGUGUAAGGCGUGGGAAGAUUGGCCAGGAAAUUAAAGAAGCAGCGUUUGAGCCAUCUGCAGAAACUGCACUUAAAGUUGAUCGUCUGGGAAAAUUCGUUGUUGCUGGAGGGGCUGCUGUUGGCCUGGGGGCCCUCUGUUACUAUGGAAUGGGCAUGUCCAGUGAGAUUGGAGCUAUUGAAAAAGCCGUUAUUUGGCCACAGUAUGUGAAAGACAGAAUUCACUCUACUUACAUGUACUUUGCGGGAAGCAUUGGCUUGACAGCAAUGUCAGCUGUUGCAGUAAGCAGAUCUCCGGCACUCAUGAGCCUUAUGACAAAAGGCUCCUGGCUGGCAAUAGGUGCAACUUUCGCUGCUAUGAUUGGUGCUGGAAUGUUGGUCAGGUCCAUAUCCUAUGAAAAUAGUCCAGCAGCUAAACAUCUUGCUUGGAUGAUGCAUUCAGGUGUCAUGGGUGCGGUGGUGGCGCCACUAGCCUUCUUGGGUGGUCCUCUGCUGAUCAGAGCUGCCUGGUACACAGCUGGAAUUGUCGGAGGGCUCUCAACUGUGGCCAUGUGUGCUCCAAGUGAAAAAUUUUUGAACAUGGGAGGACCCCUUGGAAUAGGCUUAGGCUUUGUUCUGGCCUCUUCAAUUGGGUCCAUGUUCUUGCCUCCUACUUCUGCUUUUGGGGCUGGCUUGUAUUCAGUAGCUGUGUAUGGUGGAUUGGUACUCUUUGGCAUGUUUCUGCUGUAUGAUACACAGCAUGUCAUCAAGCGUGCAGAGACUCUUCCCUAUUACGGAGUGACAAAGUAUGACCCAAUCAAUGCGUGCAUGGGUAUCUACACAGAUACACUGAACAUCUUCAUUCGGGUGGCUACCAUGCUUGCUGGUGGUGGAGGUGGCCGUAGGAAGUAAAGCAAGACUCUUCGCAGCUGACAGCCAGGAGUUCUAGGUUGUCUGCCUAGUGCAUAUACUAAAUAAAAACUUAUGAUUACAAGCACUUUUGCUGCAGGUCAGAAGUUUAAAGCAUUUCAGCAUAUUGUUUAAGUGCAAUGUGAUUCAAACUUAAUAGUGUUUCAUCAAACACCUUCCAACAAUGUGGACUGCUUGAAAUUGUACAUUAUUUGGGGAGAGUAAAUUAUUUUAAAUAUAUAUGAGUAAAAUAGUCGAUAUUCUUCUUAAUGGGUUUGACAGCAGUUCAACUUUUGCUUUCUUUUUCUACUGUAAGUGCAUAGUAAAGUAAGUCAUUUCUGUAAACGGGUAUCCUAUGUGCAGAUAAGGACGCAAGCUACUUCAGGAAAUGCCGUUCAUAUGCAACAGUUUUCAGUUAAGUUGUAGACGCCAUAUUUUAUUUGCAUAUUAAGAAGAACUGAAUAAGUUGGAUGUGGUAUUGAAUGUGACAAUGUAUUUUGCUGCUUAGGCAGAAAUUUCAGAAAGGUUUGAGCAAUUUUCAGAAAGACAUUGGUCACCUCACCUACCUAGUCCAACAACAUACAAAAGGCAAUAUGAGGAACCUGUGGCGCCUGUCCCAUGUAAAAACUGCAGUCUCCUUCUGGAGCACAUGAAAACUCCAUGUCUGCUUUCCAGUGUUUUAAUGUUAAGUGGAUAUAACAACAGCUGGGCUCUUUUGAUACUAGAUUCAUCAAAUUGUUGAAUAAUGAUAGAGGUGUGUCUUUCUUCCAGUGACUAAAUUUCAGUAUGCAGAUGAAGCACCAUUCUUCAGAACAAUUUCCACUGUUCAUCUCCUCUCAGAAGCUUGUACAGUUGACACUAAAAGAAAAGGAAUUGAGGACUGCUUGCUGUAAAGCCAAGUAUCAAUAAUUUACCAUUUUGAUAUAUGCUGUAGUCUGCCUCUAACUUUUCCAAAUUGAUGUGUUUAGUACAAUUGAAAAUAAAUGUUCCAAUAGGUGGAAUUGAUUUAACAUUAAGACAUGUAUGCUUGCUGAAGUACAUCAUCUUAUGUUGGAAGACGGGGCAAGUUCUUGGGCACAAAAAAAGUUUGAGCUAAUACCAACAACUCGGACUUCCAUUUUUCCGGUGAAUAUGCUAUGUUGAUGUAUUCUGGGAAAAAUAAAAUUCUAGCCUCACAAGUUGA